UAGCCUCCAUCGCUGAUGGCUGCCUCUCCCCUUCUGCGCUUCCUCCACCUCGUCUUCAGCACAUCCUGCUUGUCCUGUUUAGAGUAGAUCUUCCUCCCGCUCUCCCUCCCUCUUGUAUGUGUGUGUGUGCGCGUAUGUGUGGUUUCUUUUUGCUUCCACUCACCGUUAGGGCCAGCGGGCCAGGCCCGGAGUUUGACGCAUCGUCGAGAUCCAACGGAGAGCAGGGCCAAAUUCUCCAACGACCUGAAACUACCAAUCGAUUUCGAAUUUGGCCCUGCCUUCUCCCAGGCGACGCGCCCUGGUAGUGCCCUGUUAGUGCCCUGCUAGUGCCCUGUUACUUCCGUCUGUUCUUUUGAUGACAUCACAAGAGCUUUUGGUGGCAUCAUUGGAGCAGAACCUAAACGCUGAACGUGGGGGAAAAAAAUUCCCACAAACAACCUUUCGAUACGAGACCAAAGGAGCUUCCAAAGCCUGGAAUCCCACAGCAUUCAGUUAACAAGGCAAAGGGUAAAAUUAGAUGCCUUGUCUGAGCCAAUAAAAAUAUAAAUAAUUAAAAAUAAAAGACAUCCAAAAACGAGAUCCUGACGUCUGUAAAUUACAACGCGUGUUCGGUAUCAGUCACGUGGCAUCAGCCGCCUGCGGAAAUCUCAGCUUCUGGCUUGCUGCAGCAAGGUGGCAGCAGUUGUAGUUAUCUGCGAUGACGAGCACAUUACAAGCGGUGGAACUGGUUUUCCGGAAGACAUGCUGGUCGUAGCAAUGAUUUUACAGCCAGGCCCGUGCUGCAGAAGCACGGCAUAAUCUUUUGCUUGCAACUGAACACUGCCUGUAGUUCUUCAGAGGACAAAGAGUUUCGCCCAGGAAGCUGGGUGUGAAGACUCGGCAAGAUGGGAAACAGACAUGGCGGCGAAAAGGCAAAGGAGGAGAAGAAGCAGAAGAAGAAGAAAAAGGAGAAGAAGGUGAAACCCCGAGGCAAGCGGAAACAAGCGAAUUCGGACGUGGACUUGGACAUGGAGUCCAGCCAUGUCUCGCGGGCCGACUCGGAGUCCAUGGUGUUCCACUCGGCCGAGAACCUCAGCCCCUACCUUGACGCCUCCACGCGCUCACAGGAAGGAGUUGCGAGUGCGGGUUUUUAUGACAACGACUCUGUGGUGUCUUCCUCUGAUUUUCCACGACGGAUUUUCCAUCGAAGCGUGUUUGCCAGCAGACCUGGUGAUGGUUUCGAGGAAAGCAGGUGAGAUGAGCGGAGGCGGCGCGGCAGCGGCACGGCAAAUGAUGGCAGACGACGUCGCGUCCAUAGCCAGCGGCGGAUACAGCACGCCUCUUGUCUCGUCGCCUCAGAUCCGCCGUGGGCCGCCGCGGUCUCCGCUGGCCCAGAGACCCAAGGACUCCUUUUACGAACCAGUGCCACCCAUCCCUUCCGAUCUUUCCUCUAACACCACUUGCUCCUCCAUCUAUCAGGACGAUCUGUCCACUUCCGGAGAACGAUCGAGCAGUCGCACCUCCUCAUCCACCAUCGACACCAACGCCGCCUCGUGCAUCGAGCGGCUGGAGGAAUUGGAACGCACGCUUGAGAGGACGAUCAUCGAAAAAUUCUCCGACUUGGACAACACUCGGCAUGAGAGUGCCUUCAACAGCGACUGCAGCCCUCUGGCGAUCAGACGGUUAGGAAGGGGAGAGAAUGAGCCAAUCAGAGAGGGCAGCAUGACGCCGAGAGGUGUUGACGCGGUGGGCGGUGCGAGUCAGAGCGUGGAGAACAGCCCCAGCGUGCCUCGUCAUCGGCCUUUCCUCCGAGAAGGUAGUAAUACCCCGAAGGGCACAUACUUCGGCCUACCUUCUAGAAGCAUCGAGAACAGUCCAGUGCUUGUCAAGAAGAUUCAGCUGAAACCACUUAACGUUACAAAGCCAACAAAAAUCUCCGAAGUAUUUAGCAGUUUAAGUCCCACAAAGGCAGGUCCUAGUAGCCCAGGUCCCUCAAGAGCAGGUCUUGGUAGCCCAGGAUCAACUAGGGAGGCACCUUGUAGUCCAGGUUCCACUAGAGGAGGACCCGGCUAUCAACAUGGCACAGGUGCGGCUGUCAAGCCAGGAGUUGUCCCCAUGGGCAGUCCGGUGGUCUGUAGAAAAUUUCCUGCUGUUUCUGAAGAGCCGAGACAAAAAUCGACAACACUUGGAAGUCCUCUGACAAGUUCGCGGAGACUACAACGACAGGAAGACACUAAGACAAUACCUGACGACCAUGAUGAAGUACGUCCGCGUCAUUUAGCACUCGCUCAAGAUGAACUCAUGAACGUCGGGGUUCACAGCAGGUCUCCCGAGGCGAGGAGACGACCAGGUGUGCACACGCCCAGCUCUUCCCCGUCUCCCAAAAGUCUCGGCAGGAAGGUGAUCACCGUCCAGGGGAAACUGGACCCCGAAGCUCCUGGCUCUCCCAAGACCAUCCGGAUGUUUGAAGCAAGUAAAGGAACACCGGUAAAACACUGCAGUGUUGCAUCUCAACCAUCCACAGCUGUCGUGAUCCCACCACCGACUCCUGCAGCCAUUGACGCUGCAGCAAAAGCUCCUGAAGGCGGUAGUCCCGUGACCGCAGCUGCAGCAGCGGCUAAUCGUUCAACAUCGCAGACGACAGCUGCAUGCCCUCGGCGGAAAGAGACGGGGGUGGCGUGGCCCCAGUUUCAGAGGAAGUGAUCAUUCAGGGGUCAGAAUCUGCCGUGUUUGGAUCAGUGUCCCCGAAGCUGAAGCGUCAGCGAAACGUGUCAAGUUCCAGCCAGUCUCACAGCAGGAUGUGCUCUUUCGAAGAAAAGAAGACAGAGGGCGCUGGCACGCGCACUCGUUCUCCCCCAAUCUCUCCUCGUUCUGCGCACGUGCAGCGACAGGGUCCUCCACCCAGUGACGUCCUUAGCAAGCACAACAUUAAUGUUAUUCAGUAUAAAGGGGUAGAUGCAUCGAGGAUCUGCAUCUCCACCCUGAAACACCCGUCCACAUGCAAAGCGCAGAUAAUUCCAGGAGAACGUCCUCGCCAGGAGCCCGAAAAGCCAGCGUCAUGUGACGUCACCACCAAGAUAACUUACCGCUCGGAACUCUCUGUACCAGGAAUCAGCAAACGCGAGGCUGGUAGCCGCACGGGGUCAGAGUCCCCCAUGUCCAGUCCCACGUUCCACGAUGCCCUCGAGACGUUCGACGAGCGAGCGGCCCUGGCUGGACCCAUCCACUCCAGGAUCCAGCUGCUGCAAGACCACGACCAGGGCGAGCGCGCUCGUUUUGAAGGCAGUACGGUAAGCGGCACGGUGGAGGGCGCACAGUUGCUGGGCCGACAAUUCUCUUUGCAAGCCGCCUCCGCCAGCUCAGACUUCCAUGCCAGGAGAGACCGGUUUGAAAGGGGGGCGUUUAGCUCAGACAGUACGGUAGAAGACAACGCACGAGAGGAAGCGUGGAAUGCAAAGGAGGUCGACUCGGAGGGGCGCGCGCGAGAGAGGGAGGGUCGCAGCCCGAGCACGCCAGCACGCGCCAAGUUCGUGCAGUCCCCCCCUCCUCCCCGGCUGGAGAGCGGCAGCGAUACGGCAGCCGGCAAGGCGAUAGGGAAGAACCUGGGCGAGCGAAUACGGGAAGUUAUCAAAGAAUGUACCACCUUUCGAGAAGUGUUUACCGCCGAACUUUCACCUUCGAGUUCCGUUGACAAGGACGCUGGUAGCUCCACGGACGAGAGCUUUUCGCCUCCCGGGACUGGCCCACGGGACAAAAGGCCAUACUUUCACAGGCAUCCUCCUCCCGACCGUGAAAAUUUCUGCGGUAGCAGCACCAGCAAAAGCCAACAUCGAACUGACAGAAAGUGGAGUCCGUCUGAUGGCGACAGCUUUGCCGAUGAGUUUCCUCCUUUUCCUGUGACAGUCGUCGCACACAAGCCAUGGCAGCGGAAGAGACGAAACUUUCUUGUCAGUUCCAGCCUGCGCAGUCGCAGCUCUCCUCAGAACUGUCACAUGACAAUGACCCUUCUUCAUCACUCGACGAUGAUCCCACCACCGUCUCCCACAACCGAAACCCCCCUAUGUCACAUGUCAUCGUGCAGAAGGUAGGGUCCGUGCCGACCACCAUCAACAUCUGUCGCCUGGAAACAGGGGCGAGUGUGGCGUUGCCAAAACAACAGGACAGUUGUCAACAUCCUCGUCCCCAGCAACAGGGGCCGGACACUGACAGGAAUGUUUCCUCGCAUGUUCAGCGUGCAGACAGCAGCUCUGUUGGCAGCUCACAGACGGAUGUCAAAAACAGACCUGUUGGGCUCUCACCAGAGCCGAUGAAAAAAGCAAUGCACCCGGUGAACCCAGCGCUCCACGCCAGUCAACAAGCGACCGCAGGCUCCAGGUCGGACAGUUGAGGACAGCAGCCAGGCGGAAAGGCCACCUCUUGAGGUCACCGAAUUCGAGGACGGAAGGAGACAGGAACCGCGUCUUCCUGCACUCGGUAUGACUGCCGAGGAAAAGCUAACCAGCGGCGGAAAGGGAGCUAACCAGUCAGCUGCUGAUGUUUUUAAUUCAGUGAGCGGUGUGAGCGAGAGUCUUGCCAGCGGCCCCCCUUCACGACAAGGGGCGGGCGCCCUGGUGCUUUCCUCCAGCGAAGGAAUGUCAGAAGCACAUGAGAACAAGGGAUCGAGUGACAGAGGCACAACCGCCAACAUUUCGCAGACUCCCAAAUUGCCAGUGCGCGGUGCUGAGGUGCAAACAUGUUCACAGUCGAAAGAUGACAUUGCAGAUCGUACAAAACAUGCAGUUAACAUGGCUACAGGGGCUACGACACAAUCUGCUAGCCUGGCUACAAAUACUACACAAGUGUCUAGUGUGGCUACAGACAUUGCAAGCACCGCCCACAGUCUACUCUGGCUGCAGAAUGUGCAAACACGAUGCAAGGGACUAGUGUGGCAGCACGUGCUGGGUUAGGAGCAAAUGGAGAAGGGGUGGCCGACGUUGAGAAGACGAAAGACAAUCAACGAAGUGACAAGAUGUCAAGAGAACAAAGGUCCGAGGGGAGACCUAAGCAAGUGAUUGUAGCGGCAGAUGAAGAUCGAAGGGAGAGAUGUACAGGUGGGAUGAAUGUAGAACGAGACAGUGUGCCACUCUCCAAAGAGCACGUCCAAUUGUCUGCAGACCAGCUGCCCGCAGAAAAUGCCCCGCCCCCCGUAGAUCAAACACCACCCCCAACAAACUGCGCCCCUCCCCCUGUAGCUGACAGCCCGUCCCCAACAGAGAUCGUCCCGCCCCCAACUCCAUCGCCCAUGGAUAUGCUGGCGGAGGAAGACGAAGAAGAGGUAGAUAAACAGGAAGAUGGUGCAUGCUGGGACACGAAGCAGUCCCACACAAUCCCUAAAGACGUGCAGCUGUUUGGCGAGAUUGUGGUCAGGCGGUUGUCCAGCCUUCUAGAGUGCCGCGCGGCUGACAACAAGAAUGAACUUGACGACGAGGAACACAGUGUUGACACCCACGUGACCUCAGCCUCGCGUCUCCACGUCAGCGAACAAUUCCACCAUCAAGAGAGCAACAGACGUGAACAGCUAGAAUUUGUUAACUCAAGAGGAGAGCGGUGUGCAGAUGACACUGACCAUUCGCGGAGUAUAGAAAGUGGUAUAGCUAGCACAGAGGAUCAAAGUCUCGAUCAGCACGACACCAAUCUGCCGGAAAUGCUUUCAGACUUUCGCGACAACUCGCAGCUUCCUCUUUCCCACAUAGAGAGCUCCUCCUCAAGACCGCUGUCCCUGGACACUCUAGACACGCUGUCCACUGACCAGGACACCAGCUCCAGCUCCAAACGCACCAGUACAGCUUCCACCGCCACCGAUGAAACCUUGACCUCUUUUAAAACCAGGUCAACGACGGACUCUGCGGAAUUCGAGGAGAGUUCUUUCAUCCUCUUGGAGAGUCUUGUGUUUGUCCGUAGUGUGGACGAAGACGAAGGGGUGCGACCCACCGCCCAGGAAGAUUUGGACAAUUCUGAAAGUGCAUGGGAAUCGCAGGGGGAGAAGCCCAGACAAAAACGACGACGUCAGGUAGGGAACUCCCUCGAGGUUCCAAGUGUCCGGGUCGAUGCUGUUGAACCUGAACCAAAACGAGGCUCGCAACGCAUACGUGAUGUCAUCGAUGCAUAUCACGAGGAAAACAGUGACGAUAGCUACAUCUCAAGCUGUAGCGAGUGCGCCUCCCACAGGGACGUCAGCCAGGAGGUCGACCUGGUGUCACAAGGCGACGAGCCGCUCAGAAGCUCUCCAAAGGAAUAUGUUCAACGAACGACACACACUCACAGGACAACCAAACAUUUCCAAGGGGAUAGACGCAGCGCAUCAUCCGAUUCUGAGAAUGGAGAAGAAGCGAGUGGUGGACAGCGAGGCUCCUCGAACGUGGACUCUUCCCUAAGGAUCCCGGAGAUCGAGGACACGUUUGGGGAGCUCAUGUCCGUCAAGACGUUUCUGGAGGAUCUUCAGGACAGGACACCAACAGCCGAAUCCCAGCCCGUCUUCCUGAACCCUGCUGAUGUCCGGACCAAAGACUUCUGGUCGGCUAGACGUCGGUCGAAGACGUCACCAGCGAGGACGGACAGGACGGAGUCUGACCUCGACACAUCUGAGCAACGCGACGACGCCAGCACGGACAGCAUGUACGCUGACGACGAGGACGAUGGGGCGGAGGUGGUGUUUCAGCGCUCCUACUCGGAAGAGCACGGCGGCGAAGUGUUGCUGUCUUGUACCAUCUACAACUCCUCCCACGACAACGACGCCGACAGCGAUGACUUCUGGGCCGAGAGUUCUGCGGCGGAGGAGAGCUACAAGCAGCUGGAGACCUCCGCUGACGCCGCGGGCUCGGCAUUCCAGAACGCGCGCCUCCAGAUGCACGACAUCCACCAGCACCUACAGGACCUUCGCCGCCAGAUGGAGCUGCUUCAAGAGGACAUCACCUCCACCUCGCUAACCCUUACCCCUGAGUACUCCUUCGAGUCUUGCGAACAGCGGCCGGUCACGGAGUGACUCUUCGAUGGCAGCGCUGGGCCGUGCACCAUGACCGACUUGGUAAAGUAUAUUUACCUACCGAAGCAGGUAGUUGACAAGGCGAUCAUCUCCCACCCUGGUUUUACACCCUUCAGUACUCAGUGCCUAUUUUCACUGGUAGCUUGAUGGACACCCGAAAAUUCACGGAACAUGACAGACAUCGUCUACAAAAGAUAUCAAACCCCUGUCGAACACGUCUUAUACUCUGGUGCGACAAACAUCCUCUCUACUCGUGCUCACCUUUGUUUCACAUCUCCCUCUGUAACACAAUGCUGACAGAAACUCUGUUUUCCCGAUGAUAAGGACUGGAAAGAAGAAGAAAUAAAUCGAGCACAAAUCA